AUGAAUAUGACCGAGAAUGCCGAGGAAGAUCCCAUCACGGCAAACGAAGGACCUGGAGUUAAGAAGAAUCGCUUCUUCAAGGCCAACACCCCAUUGGUUUCCAAGAUCAUCAAGAACCAGCUUGUGCAUGUUCGAAAAGGAUGCCUUUCUGAUCCCCCGAAGGAAGUUUUCCCUAUGCACAUUAUCAAUCCGUACACUGACAAGUCCUUUUCUGUCCGCUCUACUGGAUCUAAUGAGGUGGAUAAUAGGAUGCUUAAUCGCUUAUUGGAUACCCCUUCCAUCGGAAUUGCAAGAGCAGAACGUGUGAUAAACGAUCACUACGAAGUGGCAAACGAGAACAAGGCUGUGAAACGUCUUGGGCAGAAGGCCACUCUCACAACACGUUCUGAGAAGCUCUAUUUCCUAAACUCGGUUGCGAAAUCGGCUGGGUUUUCUGAGGAGGAGCUACCGGUCAAAGUGUCUUAUCCACCCAAGUGUCCAGUCAAAGAGUACAUUGGGCUUAACUACGAGUUGCCAGAGGAUUUGAAGGCGGCAAUGGAUGCAGAGGAGAAUGGCCAAGAGGAUUUUGCUGACUACCUAGCGGGCAUUUCCUUUUCAGAUGAAGACGUUCCAGUAGAUGCGGGUCGGUACGCGGCUGAGAAUAAUGACCAAGAAGCAGCGGUGGAAGAGAUACUUGUCGAUCCAACAAUUGACUCUGAGCCACUUCCUUUUGAAAACCCAGAGGUCUCACGUGCAGUGAAGCACCACUUGCCAUCCAUUAAUCUUGGCGAAACAACGAUGCAAACAUUCACAAGAUUGACUCAAGGAGCACCAUGGGUUCCAUUCGCUGACCCAAAAGAACCAAAGAGUCCUGUUGAUGAGGCUGAAUUUGAUCUGUUUGAGAGUCUCCGUGGCAGCUAUGACAGAAAUGGCGGGCUCUACGGACCACGAGGGUAUCAUGCUUUCCAGUCUCGCUGGGAUUACGAAGUUGCCAACUCCCACACAAGGUACUUUGAAGCAAUCGCGAAUGGGUUUCCACCACCACCGCUCAUUCGGCGAAAGACGUACUUGCAGCUGCAGCAGCACUAUGAUGCGUGCAACGAUCGCUUGCGUACUGCUUUGUUUGUUCGUGAAAAUGACAAAAACAGAGAGGAACUUGAGCGAGCUCUUGCACAAACACGUCGCCGACUUGCACCACAGCAAGAGGCAGCUGUUGCGUCGCCAAUCCGCUACAACCACAACACAGGAAUGGCUCCAUUCGGAAAUCCCACAGUUGUCAAUACAGGUGUUGCGGCCAACGCAAUGGAAUACUCCCAACAAAGCACUGGUGGGGCACCCUUCAACCUUCGUCCUGCUGUGUCCAUGGUAUCGCCAAUGCAGAAUCCACGCGGUUCCAACUUCAAAGGUCGCCAAUUCUGUGUUAAGUGUGGCUUCUCCAAGAGCGAGCACUUGUCGCAAGGUGUGACCUUUGGCAACGCGUGCACCGGAAACUGCAAUCAUGAAGAAUGCUCCAAGUGCUUGGAAAGGUUGGAAUUCCACGAGAUUGGAAAGGUUGGCCCUUAUUGUAAGGCAUCGGCAGCACCAUCAAGUCAGUUCUCUGCUUGGUGGAAAGACACUACUGCUCCAAGCGGAGCUGACAAAGAAAAUGGAACUAUUAAUUAA